GCCGUAAUAAAAAUCUCCUGAGGACGAGAAUUUGAAAGUGAGUUUCGUUCGUGCUGCGGUGCGGUGAGGUGCGGUGCGGGCGGAGCAUGCGAGCGAGCGAGCGAGUCUCGAAGAGGGCAGGAAGGAAGGUCGUCAGUCGAAGUCGACGGAGGCGAGUCACAACUCCUCCUCCCGGGCAGGCAGAUUCCUCGGUGUCCUGGAACGCCAUCUCGCGGGGACAGCGGACUAUAAAUUGGAGCUCCAGCUGCGAAGUACUUAGCCAACCAACCGCAGCUGCGGGUCUUCAACUCCCUCUUCCCCACUCUUGCUCUCCCCUCCCUCUCUCUCGCUCUCUCUCUGCGUCGCGCCUGUGGCGAUUCGACUGGCAACGUCGGGCCCUGGCGGAACGAGUGAUCGUGGAUAAUGUGCCAGUAGGAUUUGCAGUUGGUCGGAGUCGGUUGGUAGUGGGUUCGCCUCAGUACUACGUCUCAGUGAGUGAGAGAGUGAGCGAGGCGAGGAGAGCUGAGCUGUGAGCUGAGUGAGUGAGUGCUUGAGAGUUGCGGGAGUACUUGGCUUCUUCUUCCUUCUCCGCUGGCUCGAUCCCUCUCUGCUCGCCUCGGGGUCGCGCAGUGGGGAGUCGUCUCGAAGAAGGAGAGGGAAGGAAGGAAGGGUUCAUCAGAGUCUCUCACCUGCAGCCGUGCUCCAGCGGGAGCCCGCAUCUUUGGUGUGCAUCCCGGCGAGAGAUGAAUGGGUCAAUGAUUGGGACGAAACGUAAGAUAUAAAGCUUAUGUCGAGUGGCGUCUCGCGUUUCGUAUCCGAGUCCUGCUUGUACGUGACUCAUGCGUUUGUGGCCGAGAGGUCAAGAGUCCACGACACCGGUGCACACCGAAAGAGUGUGAGUGGAAUUGGGGCCCGAGAAGUGACAGAGGGCAAAGGCCCGUCCGGAUUCCACUGCUGGUCAUUCAAAUUACCUCUCCGGGAAGGUGUCGUCUCCGCUUCUCUCUCCUCUCCCUCCCUCCCUCCCUCUCUCUCUAUUCUGCAGUGGUCGAGUGGUGGAGGAUUACAAAUGUCCAGCUGUGAGGACGCAUCGCGGGAAUGAUUUUCCGCUCAUAUAACAGAGUCCGAAUGUCCUGACGACGGAUGCCAUGGGCAACAGUGGAAUUCACGAGGUGGAGUCUUCGUCUAUGGCCGGCUGAGCGUUUGGCUCCUCGGGUCUUCAGCGAGGCCGCUCGCUCGCUCGCUCGCUCGCCUUGGUUGUCUCAAUCCAACGAAAGGGAGUCUCGAGGGGUUUCCGACAGUGAAGCGAGAGAGGGAGGGAGGGAUUUGGAUCAGCAUUGAGGAGUGGAGCAUUUAAUCUGCGAGGUGAUGGCCCUAGUGUCAAGGCCGGUGGAGGUGCCGGUCCCAUGUCCGAGCCCAGCUCGCGUUGGGAGUACAGGCACAAUGCACUACUUGCUCCAGAAGGAGAGGCCCAUGGAUCCGCAUAGCUACGUGAAUCGGGGCCCGUCAGGUGCCAAUGCGGCCAAGUCCUCGAAAGAGUUCGUGCACGUCUGCAGAGAAGUGGUGUCCGUGUCGUGCGGGCAGCCGCUUCUGAGCUACAAACCCAAGCUGACGAAAUCGGCGAAAAUCGUCAAGCCUUCGGAUGCUAAGGCUGCAGCGGGCAGCAGCAGCAGGAAUGCCGUGGAGUCUGGCAUGCGGUCGGUGUCCAGUCGGGUGGUGGCGAAUGCCAUAAGGUUGGCGGGGGCAUCGGAGGUUGUCCCGGCUGUAGAAUUCAGGAGAGGGGAUUCGCUGCCCAAGGCAGCUUCCGCUGCUUCUCGUUCGAAGGGCCCGGAGCUGCAGCCCGCGAGGAGGUCUUUGUCUCAGCAAGGCGAUGGAUUAGAGUCGGAAGGGGCGGAGAAGAAGGCCUCCUGUCAAGUGCCUUCGUCCGACCGCCACCAGGAGGAUGGUGCUCUCAAAGGAGACUACCCGGUGUUCCAGAUGUCGACCAGUUCGCUCGGCCCGAAGCCUCUGCCGGAUGAUUAUCACAAGGCUUUGAUUCCAUUUCUUCGCGCAGAAUGGGACGCUUCGGCCAAAAUUCUCAAGAGGCGACAGUGCAAUCAGGUCUCGAAGAAGGGUGUCCAUCGCAGGUCCACCAGCUUGGGCAGCACGAGCACCAGCUCGGCUCCGGCGACCGAUCAGAAGGCCUGGCAAUCAUACACGAGGGAUUCGUACCCUCCAUUCAGUGCUUCUAAGAAGCAUAGCUUUUUUAGACUUGCCCCCGGGGAGAACCUGUAGGUAGAAAGUCGAUCUAGUGUAGGAGAAGCAAGGCUCGACCAGCAGCAAUGUCAGUGCGGUGCGACAGAAAUUGUAGGAGUAGAUAGAUUGAAGCUAGUUAUAGAGUAGAGAGUAAACUUUAUCUGAACAGGAGACCUACUGCCAGAGAAUUAGAGCCCGUCGAUGCUCAAGAGACAUCUCAGAGUCGACGAGACAAGAGAUGGCAUGGCAUGCGCUCAAGGUAGUUCUCAUUACCCUCCUCAAACCAUUGUCAAUGGAGAUAGGAAUGCGUCGAUCCGGGUCACAAAGUUGAUCCUGUUGGAACUUUUUCGUCAAUUGAGUUUUGAAGUUUUGUCCAUCAUCAUUAUCACC